AUGCACGGCUCAUCGCAUGAAGACCAAGUAGGCCGUCCGAUGGUCCGGUUUCUCUUGAAUACAUACUCUGCAGAACAGAUCAACAGGAUGCUUGACGAAGAAUCUCGCUCUUUAUCGCAGUUAUCCUCGACUCCAUCAGAAGAGGAUGACGAAGAAGAUGGCGAAGAAUCGACAUUACUCGAACUCGAACCACAGGGUGUGACCUCUAAUCCACCUCUGGACAGUAAGGCUUCGCCUUCAUCUGCAGGCACUUCCGCCAAUGAAGCUUCCAAAACGAGCAUAGCUACGGCCUCAGACACCCCUGUUCCUCAGAAAACAGAGAAGCAAGUAGUCCUGCCAACGCAGCCGGCCUCGACACCCACGAGCCAGCCAGUCCAAGCUGUUGAGAAUCGAAAAGUAUCAGAGAGAAUAUUCGCCUGCGGCUGCUGUGGCACAGAAGAUGUUUCCCUAAAGUUCACACGAGCAGACGAAUUGAGGCGUAAUAUGGAUGAAACGCACCACACAUUGGCUGGUCCUGACUAUAUAAAUCUGUCCACCAGCGCCUAUCAGCAGCAGCAGCCCUUUGGAUACCAGCACACGAUGCAAUACAUGUUCAACUCGAGCACCAUGCAGCCCCAACAGGAGCAACAUAAUGUAGCCGACUGGUCCGAUCCAAUGCAAUGGACUAACUUUGAUGGUGAAGACAACAAACGUUUGAUGUAG